AUGCCUCCCAGCGCACCCGUCCAAAUCACCGAGUACGUCUGGCCGCGCGCCACCGGCGAGUGGCUCGCCGGCGGCGGCACCCUGGCCCUGUACGCCGCGGGCCUCGCCUCGCGCUGGGUCGUGCCUGGCAGCGCGCUCUGGGACCUCCUCGCGCAGUACUUUCCCGGCGGGCCCGACGCCUUCCUCUGGAUCACGCGCAACGUCGUCUUCUGGCUGGCGGCGGCGCACGCGGCCGAGGUGCUGCUGUUUGACCAGCUGCGUCUGCGCAGGCACGGCGUGCCGCGCUGGUCCGCCCUCUGGUUCAAGUGGCAACUGAGCGUCUUCAUCGAGGGCAUCGGCGCGUGGGGACGCAUUGGCAAGGUGAUUGCGGCGAAGCAGGGACUCAAGUCUAAAUAA